AUGCAGAACAGCGCUCAGAGCCUGGCUGCUGUUUCAUACCCACACGUGCCACUGCCAUCGCUAAAGCUCGUUCCAACGCUUUCACUUCUCCGCAGCUCCCCCCGCCCCGUUCCGCACAGAGAGCGAAGGCGGCGAGACGCGCCCCGCUCCGCCCCCGCUCCGCGGGAGCCCGGGCCGCCCCCCGCGCCGGCCGAGGCUCUCCCGCGGGCCCCGGCACGGGCUCCCCGCCCCGCUCCGCGCCGCUCAAGAGCGCGGAGCCCCGGCGGGCAGAGGGCGGCCCGGGGGAGCCGCGACACGGACUGCGCGGAGCGGCCGCUGCGGCGGCUCUUCGAGGCGCUGGGCGGCGUCGUGGCCGCGCGGCCCUGGCCCUUCGCGCUGGCGCCGCUGCUGCUGUCGGCCGGGCUGGGCGCCGGGUUCCUGCUGCUGCCGCGGCGGCAGGCGAGCGACAUCGAGGCGCAGUUCACGCCGGCGCGGGGCCCCGCCAAGGCCGAGCGCGCCUUCGUGAUGCGCCGCUUCCCCGCCGACGGCUCGGAGCGCUUCUCCGCGCCGCGGCUGCCCACCGAGGGCGCCUACGCCGCGCUCGUCGCCGUGGCGGCGGCGGGGGGCUCGGUGCUGGCCCCGGCGGCGCGGCGGGACGCGCUGCGCCUGGACGAGGCGGUGCUCGCCCGCGGCUACGAGCGGCUCUGCGCCCGCAACGGCGGCGCCUGCGUCCCCGCCAACCCGGUGCUGCCGCUGCUGCGCGACGCGGCCGCCCUGGAGAGCCUCGCCUUCCCCGUGCACGGCCGCGAGUUCCUGGGCGCCGCGCUGGGCGGCGUGCGCACGGGCGCGGGCGGGCGGGUGCUGGCGGCGCGGGCGCUGAAGCUGCUCUAUUACCUGCGGGAGGACGGCCCCGCGGCGGCCGAGAGCCGGCGGUGGCUGCGGAGCUUCGUGCGGGACGUCCCGGCGGAGCUGGCGGAGCUGCAGCUCGACUCCCUGCAGGUGUCGUACUUUACCUCACUGUCCCGACAAGAGGAGUUUGAUGGGAAUACCAAGAGUGUGAUCCCACUUUUCUCCAUAACCUAUUUCUUGACAAUAACCUUUUCAAUCAUCUCCUGCCUAAGACUGAGCUGUGUACGAAAUAAUGUCUGGCUUGCAUGCUGUGGAGUGGUCUCUGCCGGUUUAGCUGUAUUAAGCAGCUUUGGAUUGAUGCUCUUCUGUGGAGUGCUGUUUGUAGUCACUGUAGCAAAUGCACCAUUUCUUAUUCUGGUUUUUGCAAAUAACUCAUCUUUGGCCUUCUUCAUUGGCACCUGGACUGCUUUUCCAUCCGUGAGAUCAUUUUGCCUCUACACAGGCACUGCUUUUGUCUUCUGCUAUAUAUAUACCCUGACCUUCUUUGGGGCAAUUAUGGUGUUAAAUCAUAAAAGGGAGCAAGGAAACCGACACUGGCUGACUUGCAUGCCUGUGGGAGUCGAUGAAGAUCAGGCUGACAAGUCCUGCUUGUACAAUGCUUGCUGUGUCGGCAACUGUUCUAGGCAGUCACCUCAGCCAGAAAGCGAACAUCCUAUGAGCAUAUUCUUUAAGAAGUAUUAUGGCCCUUUCUUAAUAAAUAAAUGGGUCAAGCUCCUUGUGGUGGUGCUGUAUGGGGCAUACUUGGGGGGCAGUAUUUAUGGAUGCACUCAGAUCAGGGAAGGCAUCGAUCUUCGAAAUCUGACGAGUGAUGACUCUUAUGUUAUUAAAUACUAUGAUGACGAUGACACAUACUUCUCAGAAUAUGGACCCAGGGUCAUGGUUAUCAUUACGGAAAGUGUAGAUUACUGGAAUGAGACCGUUCGUCUUGGCAUUGAGAACUGCAUGCAGAAUUUAGAGGGCAUUUCCUAUGUGGAUAAGAACUUCACAGAAUCAUGGCUGAGAGUAUACACGGAACUUGGUGAAAGUGGUUCAAUAAAUAUAAGCAAUAAGACUCUUUUCAUCAAUAACUUGCCUGCGCUGUUCCAGGUUGUUCCCAGUUUUGAGUGGGACAUUAACAAGACUGAGGAUGAAAUACAAGCUUCACGUUUCUUCAUCCAGACAGUGAACGUGAGCUCAGCCGUUGAUGAGAAGAAUCUUCUCAAUCAGUUAAGAGAGACAGCCAGGCAGUGCAGUAUUCCACUAAUGGUGUACCACCCUGCUUUCAUCUACUACGAUCAGUACCUGGUGAUUGUGCAGAACACCAUUCAGAAUGUUGUCGUUGCUGCCGGGGCAAUGCUCAUCAUCUCCCUGUUGCUAAUUCCCAACCCGUUGUGUUCCUUGUGGAUGACUUUUGCCAUAGCUUCUGUUAUAGUUGGUGUUGCUGGUUUCAUGACCUUUUGGAUGAUCAAUCUCGAUUCCAUAUCCAUGAUCAACCUGGUCAUUUGUAUAGGGUUUUCGGUCGAUUUUUCUGCUCAUAUUUCCUAUGCAUUCGUGACGAGUGGAGAGUCAUCAGGCAAUAAAAGGGCAAUUGAAGCUCUGUCCCUGCUUGGUUACCCAGUAUUACAAGGUGCAGUUUCUACUAUACUAGGAGUAGUUGUCCUGGCUGCAGCAAAAGCCUACAUCUUCAGGACAUUUUUCAAGAUCAUGUUCCUUGUUAUUUUGUUUGGGGCUCUUCACGGUCUUGUUUUUCUUCCAGUGCUUUUAACUUUUUUUGGGAACUUUGGCACAUCACCCCACAGUACAAAACCCAAUGACAGAUCACCCCACAAUACCCAGUCUAUAAACCUAGAGCUUGGGUUUAGAAACGACAAAGACUGUCUGUGACUAAGUUAAAUAUUAAAUAGCAUACAUUUCUUGUAUGUAGUUUAAAAUGCAAUGACUUUCAGUGAAUGUUAGAAAUGAAGAAAAUGAAGGACAACAAAUAAAUACAACAGAAAAGCAAAGGCUUCAGAAAACCUGGGCAAUA